AGUCAGCAGACGCACACGCACGCCGCCGCGUAGCCACACAGCCGGCCGGGCUCUCCUCCUUCUCCUCCUCCCCCGGCACGCUCCGAGAGGACCCUUGUGACCGUGUCGUCCGCUCCCUCUUCUCCCUCCUCCUCCUCUUCCUCUGAACGCUUGUCUCAAAGUGCUUUUGCCGAGCGUGACAGCGCAGAAGUUUGGUCCGGGGGAUGCGCGCGGCUCUCCAGCCGGUUCCCGAGGCUCCGUUUAUCCGCGGGCUGCUGUGACCUCACCAAGGACGGCGCAAGUUCAAAGCCCUUGGAAAUGGACCUCCAACUGGAACCAUCUAAUUAAUUUCAAGAAUUUUUUGGGGGAACUGGACAUUGUUGGACCACUACUCGAGCGCUCAUCAACAUCUCCGUUUCCAGGCUACCAUCAGCACAAGCGGCACUUGUUGUCCUCUGCGCGUCUGUCUGGUGGGACCAUGUCGCCUGGCUCUUGGAGCUCAUCGAUGUGGCACGCCACGUGGAUAUUAUCUCUCCUCUUCGGCACCCGCUGCACGCUUGGUCAAGAUGACGUGCCUCCGUACUUCAAAACGGAGCCGGUGCGCAGUCAGCUGCAUUUGGAGCGCAACCGGCUGGUCCUGACCUGCAUGGCCGAGGGCAGCUGGCCUCUGGAGUUCAAGUGGAUCCACAACAGCACCGAGCUGACCCGCUUCUCUCUGGAGUACAGGUACCUGAUCCCAUCGCUGGACCGCUCCCAUGCCGGCUUCUACCGCUGCAUUGUUCGCAAUCGCGUGGGAGCGCUGCUGCAGCGUCGCACUGAAGUGCAAGUGGCUUUCAUGGGCAGCUUUGAGGAGGGCGAGCGCGACCAGUCGGUCUCGCAGGGCGAGGGCGCCGUCAUCCCGGCGCCUCGCAUCCGUAGCUUCCCGCAACCCCAAGUCACGUGGUACCGGGACGGACGCAAGAUCCCACCCAGCAGUCGCAUUGCCAUCACACUUGACAAUACGCUGGUCAUCCUGUCCACCGUGGCGCCAGACGCCGGCCGCUACUAUGUCCAGGCGGUCAACGAUAAGAAUGGCGAGAACAAGACCAGCCAGCCCAUCACCCUCUCGGUGGAGAAUGUCGGCGGUCCGGCGGACCCCAUCGCCCCCACCAUCAUCAUCCCGCCCCGGAACACCAGCGUCGUCACGGGAACGUCCGAAGUCACCAUGGAGUGCGUGGCCAACGCCAGGCCUCUCAUCAAGUUGAGCAUCACUUGGCGGAAGAACGGCGUUGCCAUCAGCAGCGGCCUCAGCGACUUCAGCCGACGGCUGACCAUCCUCAGCCCCCUUGUGGCGGACGCCGGCUACUACGAGUGCGAGGCUGUGCUUCGCAGUAGCAGCGUGCCGUCCGUCAGCGCCGGCGCAUAUUUGCACGUGCUUGAGCCGCCGCAGUUCAUCAAAGAGCCUGAGAAGCACAUCACGGCCGAGAUGGAGAAGGUGGUGGACAUUCCCUGUCAAGCGCGAGGUGUACCCCAACCUGACAUCGUUUGGUACAAGGACGCCACGCCCAUCGACCCGGUCAAAACGCCGCGGUACCGGGUGCUGACAGGCGGCAGCCUGCAGGUCAACGGCCUCCUGCCCGACGACACCGGCAUGUUCCAGUGUUUCGCCAGGAACGCGGCCGGCGAGGUCCAGACCAACACGUACCUCGCCGUCACCAGUAUCGCUCCCAAUAUCACAGCCGGACCCUCGGACAGCACCGUGAUUGACGGAAUGUCCAUCAUCCUGCACUGCGAGACUUCGGGCGCUCCGAGACCAGCUAUCACCUGGCAAAAAGGGGAGCGUGUUCUGGCGAGCGGUUCUGUGCAGCUGCCCCGCUUCACCUUGCUGGAGUCGGGCAGCCUUCUCAUCUCGCCCUCGCACAUCUCCGACGCCGGCACGUACACUUGCAUGGCCAGCAACUCCCGUGGCAUCGACGAGGCGUCUGCCGACCUCGUGGUCUGGGCUCGAACCCGGAUCACGACACCCCCGCAGGACCAGAGCAUCAUCAAAGGCACCAAGGCCGCGCUGACCUGCGGUGUCACGCACGAUCCCAGCGUGAAUGUCAGGCACGUGUGGGAAAAAGAGGGCGUGGCCAUCAACGUGCACGCCAUCCCGCGCGUGCAACAGGACGCCGACGGCACCCUGCACAUCUCCCAGACGUGGUCGGGCGACAUCGGCACCUACACUUGCCGCGUCACCUCGGUGGGCGGCAACGAUUCCCGCAGCGCCCACCUCCGCGUCAGACAGCUGCCUCACGCGCCCGAGAACCCCACGGCUGCGCUGAGCGGCUCGGAGCGGCGCGCCAUCGACCUGACCUGGGCCAAGGCCUUCGACGGCAACAGCCCGCUCAUGCGUUACAUCCUGGAGGUGUCUGAGAACAACGCUCCCUGGGCCAUCCUGCUGGCCAGCAUCGAACCCGAACUGUCCGCGGUGACAGUCAGUGGCCUGAUCCCGGCGCGCUCCUACCAAUUCCGCCUGUGCGCCGUCAACGACGUGGGCAAGGGCCAGUUCAGCAAGGAGACGGAGCGCGUGUCGUUGCCAGAGGAGCCCCCCAGCGCUGCUCCUCAGAACGUCAUCGCCAGCGGUCGUACCAACCAGUCCAUCAUGAUCCAGUGGCAGCCGCCGCCCGAGAGCCACCAGAACGGCAUCUUGCGAGGCUACACGGUCCGGUACCGCCUGACGGGGCUGCCGGUAGACUAUCAGAUCAAGAACAUCUCCAGCCCGGACGUGACCACGCUGCUGCUGGAGGACCUCAUCAUUUGGACCAACUACGAAAUUGAGGUGGCCGCUUACAACGGGGCGGGCCUGGGAGCCUUCAGCCACAAAGUCACAGAGUGGACCCUGCAAGGAGUGCCCACUAUCGCCCCGGGCAACGUGCAGGCCGAGGCCGUCAACUCCACAGCGAUCCGCUUUACCUGGACCGCGCCCAACCCGCAGUUCAUCAACGGCAUCAACCAGGGCUACAAGCUGCACGCGUGGGAGCCCGGCAAGGAACGUGAGAGCGUGAUGGUGACGGCGCGGCCCAACUUCCAAGACGGCGUUCACGUGGGCUACGUGACGGGCCUGAAGAAGUUCAGCAACUACUACACCUCAGCGUUGUGCUUCACCACGCCGGGCGACGGACCUCGCAGCCCUCCCAAACUUGUUAUGACGCAUGAGGACACGCCAGGCGCCGUCGGCCACCUGAGCUUCACCGAGAUUCUUGACACAUCGCUCAAAGUUAGCUGGAGCGAACCCAGCGAGAAGAACGGCAUUCUCACCGGCUACCGCAUCUCAUGGGAGGAGUUCAACCGCACCAACACGAGGGUCACCCACUACCUGCCGAGCGUCACUCUGGAGUAUCGCGUCACCGGCCUCACCGCGCUCACCACGUACACCAUCGAGGUGGCCGCCAUGACAUCCAAGGGACAAGGCCUGCUUUCAUCCUCCACCAUCUCCUCGGGCGUCCCACCAGAGCUUCCUGGCCCGCCCACCAACAUCGCCAUCUCCAACAUUGGCCCGCGCUCCGUCAACCUGCUCUUCAAGCCGGGCUACGACGGCAAGACCUCCAUUUCCCGCUGGCACGUGGAGGCCCAGGUGGGUGUUGUGGGAGACAAUGAGGACUGGGUGACAGUCCACCAGGUGUCUAAUCUACCCGACGCUCGCUCCUUGGAGGUUCCUGACCUCAAUCCGUACACCUUCUACAGGUUCCGCAUGCGUCAGGUGAACAUCGUGGGCAGCAGCCCCCCGAGUCAAGCCUCCAGGAAGAUCCAAACGCUUCCAGCCCCUCCGGACGUCGCUCCGGCCAACGUCACGCUGCGCACGGCCAGUGAGACCAGCCUGUGGUUGAGAUGGAUGCCUCUACCCGAGUGGGAGUAUAACGGUAACGCGGAACAAGUGGGCUACAGAGUGCAGUACUCCAAGGCGGGCUCGUCGGGUCGCCCGCUCACCCAGGCCAUAUCGGACCGCCUGGAGAGAGAAUUUACCAUCGAGGAUCUGGAGGAAUGGACCGAGUACGAGGUGAGGGUGCAGGCCCUCAAUGGCAUCGGGCUCGGACCGUGGAGCCAGCCAAUCAAAGGCCGGACCCGGGAGUCAGUACCAUCCUGCGGGCCCACCAAUGUGUCCGCCUUUGCCACCACCUCCAGCAGUGUUUUGGUGCGCUGGUCAGAAGUACCCGAGCCAGACCGAAAUGGACUCAUUUUAGGCUACAAGGUGGUGUACAAAGAGAAGGACUCAGAUACCGGCCCCCGGUUCUGGAUGGUGGAAGGCAACGCCACGCACAGCGUCCAUUUAACGGGUCUGGGCAAAUACGUCCUGUACGAGAUCCAGGUGCUGGCGUUCACCCGCGUAGGAGACGGGCGGCCAAGUUCUCCGCCCAUCUUUCAGAGAACUCUAGACGACGUGCCUGGACCACCAAUGGGGAUCCUGUUUCCGGAGGUGCGCACCACUUCGGUGCGUCUGAUUUGGCAAUCACCCUCUCAACCCAACGGGAUUAUCCUAGCGUACCAGAUCACGUACCACCUCAACUCCACCAACGGCAACAGCGCCACUGUGGACGUGCUCAUCCCCAGCGCCCGCCAGUACACCGUCUACGGCCUGAAACCCGAGUGCGUCUACAUGUUCCGCAUCACGGCGCAGACGCGCAAGGGCUGGGGCAAGGCGGCCGAGGCGCUGGUGGUCACCACUGAGAAAAGAGCUCGUCCGCAGCCCACCAGCCGCCCCAGCGUGCCUCAGAAGGACGUGCGCGCCCGCCGCGUCCUGCUGUCGUGGGAACCCGGUAGCGACGGCCUCUCGCCCGUGCGCUACUAUACCGUACAGCUGCGCCAGCUCCCCGACAACAACUGGACCGUGCACUCGGCCUCCGUCAACCACGACACCACCUCCUAUGUCGUCUCCAGGCUGAAGCCCUUCACGUCCUAUCAGUUCCGGGUGAAAGCCACCAACGAUAUCGGCGACAGUGAAUACAGCGAGGAGAGCGACGCCAUCACCACCUUGCAGGAUGCGCCAGACGAAGCGCCUGUCAUCUUCUCGGUCACGCCCCACACCACCACGUCAGUGCUGAUUCGCUGGAAGCCUCCCCCUGAGGAGAGGAUCAACGGCAUCCUGCUGGGCUUCCGCAUCCGCUACAGAGAGCUGCUGUACGACCGUCUCCGGGGUUACGCCCUCCACGCCAUCAACAGUAUGUCAGCUUGGGCCGAGCUCACGGCACCCUACAGCAUCCGCAAUCUGAGCGACGCUUCUCUGACUCAGUUCGAGCUGGACAAGCUGAGCAAGCACAAGCGUUACGAGAUCCGCAUGAGCGUGUACAACGCCGUGGGCGAGGGGCCCACCAGCCCGCCCCAGGAGGUUUUUGUCGGAGAAGCAGUUCCCACGGCGCCACCGCAAAACGUGGCCGUUCAGUCGGCCACCGCCACCCAGCUGGACGUCACGUGGGAACCGCCGCCGCUCAGCGCUCAAAACGGCGACAUCCAAGGCUACAAGGUCUACUUUUGGGAGUCCCAACGAAAGAACGAGACGGAGCGUCUACGGACCCUGUUCAUGCCCGAGGGAGGCGUGAAGCUGAAGAACCUGACCGGCUACACCAGCUACAUGAUUAGCGUGGCCCCCUUUAACGCCGCCGGGGACGGACCACGCAGCCCCGCCAUCAGAGGGCGCACCCAACAAGCAGCCCCCAGCGCCCCCAGCUUCAUCCACUUCAGCGAGCUCACCACCUCUUCAGUCAACGUGUCGUGGGGCGAGCCCGCCCUGCCCAACGGCAUCAUCGAGGGCUACCGUCUGGUCUAUGAGCCCUGCGCACCCGCUGACGAGUCUUCGGCGGUCUGCGCCGACUGUCUCCACUCCCCCUCCUCCCCUCCGGGCGUCAGUCGGACCGUCAUGAUGGACGUGAAGGCCGGCGGCCCGCUCUGGGUCAAGCUGAAGGACCUGGCCGACGGCGCCACGUACAACUUCCGCAUCCGCGCCAGGACCUUUGUGUACGGGCCCGAAGUGGAGGCCAACAUCACCACCGGCCCUGGGGAAGGAGCACCAGGAUCCCCAGGGGACCCCUUUAUCACUCGCUAUGGAUCAGCGCUGACCAUCCACUGGACCAGCGGGGACCCGGGGCGCGCUCCAAUUACACGUUACGUCAUCGAGGCCAGGCCUUCUGAUGAAGGUCUGUGGGACAUCCUGAUCAAGGACAUCCCCAAGGAAGUGACGUCGCACACGUUCAACAUGGACAUGCUGAAGCAAGGCGUCAGCUACGACUUCCGGGUAAUCGGCGUCAACGAUUACGGCUACGGCUCGCCGAGCCUUCCCACUCCUUCCAUAUCUGCCCAAAAAGUGGCCCCCUUCUACGAGGAGUGGUGGUUCCUGGUGGUGGUCGCCCUGGUGGGGCUUAUUUUCAUCCUCCUGCUGGUUUUCAUCCUCAUUAUCCGAGGACAGAGCAAGAAAUAUGCAAAGAAGUCAGAAUCAGUGUCUCUGUACGUAUGCCCAGGCAACAACGCCAACUGCAACGCGCUGACACACGGCGACAUGGUGAGCCUAGACGAGGGCCGCUUCCCCGCCCUGGAGCUCAACAACCGCCGGCUGUCGGUCAAGAACUCCUUCUGCCGGAAGAACGGCGUCUACACCAGGUCUCCUCCCAGGCCAAGUCCAGGCAGUCUCAACUACUCCGACGAAGACGUGAGCACAAAGUAUAACGACUUGAUCCCCGUGGAGAGCAGCAGCCUGACGGAGAAACCUUCUGAAAUCUCGGACUCGCAGGAGGCGCUGGUGUUUUCAUACGGAACAGGUGGUCUUCAUACACUUCCCCUGCAUUUGGGCAGCGACAGCGAGUAUGAGGUGGACGCCAACCGCCAGAAGACGCACUCCUUCGUCAACCACUACAUCAGCGACCCCACCUACUACAACUCGUGGCGCCGCCAGCAGAAGGGCAUCUCCCGGGCGCAGGCCUACAGCUACGCCGAGUCGGAGCCAGGCGAGCCGGACCACGGCGCCCCUCCGCCCCAGCUGCCCCCUCUGCCGCCUCUGCCGCCCCAACUCAGCUCGCCCAGCCCCCAGCCCCAGGCGCAGCCACAGCAGCAGGCACAGGGACAGCCGCCCGGCCAGGGCAGCCUGUUCAGGCCCAAGGGCAGCCGGACUCCCACCCCGUGCCAGCAGAGCGCCAAGCCACCUGCCCAGCAGGGCGCCCUCUACAGGCCACCCAGCAGCCUGGCCCCAGGCUCACGGGCCCCCAUUGCGGGCUUCUCUUCCUUUGUGUGAGAAUUGCCCGGAAGAAAAAAAACUAAGGAAAUUUCUGGAAGUUUCCACCCCGCUUCUUGAUUGUUUUGUGUUUUUACCAUCGUUUAAAUCAUGAUAGUAUUCCAAAACUUCAUCUUGAUACUUUCUAAAUCCAAGACACGUGAUGAAGCAACACACGUUUUGUUUGCAUGAAUUCUUAUCAUUUGGUUUUUUUUUUUCUCAUUUUCUUUUCAUAGGUGGAACAGGCCCCAAAGCUCGCAGGAGCCCCUUACUCCUUUUUAUGUGAGAAUUAUCAGAAAUGGACAAAGGGAAUUUCCUUAAGUCUCCACGUGGACGUUGGUGUGAUUUGCACUUUCUUUUUUUUCCACAUUUCACACUUUUUACAAACGCCUUCAGCUGGGGACGCUUUUUGACACAUGGUGAUGAUACGUCCGUUGCACUUACACUUCGUCUUAGCGUUAUGACUUUUUUUUUUUUCCUUUUAGGAUCGCCUUCAAAUUUUUGACCCAUGAUUUAUUCCACAUUUUUGGGGUGUUUUAUUUUUUUUUUAACUUGAAUAGUUUUCCUCUCACACUUUCAGAAACGCUUUCAAUUCAAAACCUUCUGAAACAGUUUCUCAAACCGCUAUUAGUGCUUUGCUAACAUCGCUUCUCCAAUUUUUAUAAUUUUUUUUAUUUAUGGCACUUUUAGGACUGCCUUCAACUUUCUGACACGUGGUGACGAUCCUUUGUCAUUGUUUUGUUUCAUAACUCAUCAUUUUUAUUUCCAACACUUCUUCAACGUGGAACUUUUUGCACCAUUUUUGGACACAUCAUACAUCUACCACACUUUUUGUUGUAUUUUAUUUUUUUUUUUGCAUGACUAAUUUCAUUUUUUUUCCUCUCUCGUUUGCACACGCUCAAAUGGUACUACCUUUGUAUGUCGUACAAAGUCACAAGAAUCCUUGAAUACACAUAUACAUAGAGACAUACUUAUGUAUAUAUAUAAUAUGAAGUUAUAUAUUAUAUAUAUGUACCUAGAGGACUAGUCAGUGCUCACUCGGCAUUGAUGGUGACUGAAAUAGUUUUGGAGGAAAAAUUGCUGUUGAUUGUAUGAAACUUGCAAAUGUUUUCUGUGUGUGUGUGGAGAAACAAUCAAGUAGCAUGUCAAAGAUCAGCUGGACUCAUAUUUAUGAGUGAUUAAUUUCUACCUUGAGUCCAUAUUCCAACGGAUGCCUUUCAUUCCAUGGAGGACAUCUGUCAGAGAAUUGGGGACAUUUACUGGAUGCUUUUAUGGAUAUUCCAACUUGGAGUAGCUUUGGAAUCAACGGCGGGCACUCGAAAACCAAGGAUUUUCUCUUUUAUGGCCCUUUUCACUUCCCUUGCCAAUUGAUGAUGUCAGCGGAUCGCCUCGCCAUCAAUUAAGCCGCUGGUUUGCUUUGUUUCUAAGUGUGUGUACACAGGUGUGUGUGUGUACGUUUGUUAGCACACGUCCCAAGCUUUACAGAUCAUUCACUGUGUGUGUGGUUUGUGUGAGUGAGCACGACAAACUGUAAACCUCUCUGGACACUUGUAAUGAUGCUACAGUGAAAACUCGACGGUUAGUUUGUUCGAACAAAGUCAUUGAAUUGUCAUUAUUUUUGUUUGUAUUUUUUUUUUCCUGUGGGGUGAUUUUGUUUCAUAUGCGAUAAAAGCUUACCACGCAGAAGAAUGAAUAUAUGAUCACAGUACAUUUCAGAAAUAAAUUAUUUUUCAAUGUUUA